AUGGAUAUCAUAGCAAGCGUUUUUGACAGACACUCAAAGUGUGCAAGUUGCAACAAACUUUUUAAACUUUCCUCAAAGCGAAGAAAGUGUGUAAUAUGCAGUAAUUCCUAGGCAGAACUCCUGUACUGUAAACGAUGUAGUGUUAAAGAGUCCCACCCCCACCUUGGGUUUUUAGCCCCAAAGCGAUACUGCUUAUCUUGCUACAAUGAGCAGCCUUCAAGGACUACCAAAAAAAAGACCUCAAAUGGUCAAAUUCAGCCAGAUUCUCCUAUGCUCCAAAGACGAGAAACAGCUGCAGAAAAAGAACAGCGACUUCCUCAAGGCUGGCAAAACAUGGUUACUGCGGUCGGAAUUUCUAAUGAAGAGCUUGAAGAAAACAAAGACAGCAUCGUAGGAAUCAUGAGCUUUAUGCUAGAAGGGGUAAAGCCUAUGCCUUCAAGAAUGAGCGUAUUUUUUACAUAGUUCGACCUUACAAUGAGCAAUAGGGUUCAACUUCUCCAAACAAACCCUGAAGAAAUUUAUUUUAAUUUAAAAUAAAUAAAGCCCAUUUUUUUUUUAUAAAAAAUAUUUACUGUAAAUUGGUAUACCAAAUUAUUAGAAAAAUUGGCGAAGGAGGCUCAGGAAGUGUUUAUGUGGUAAAAAAUUCUCAAAAUAACGAAACUUUUGCGCUGAAAAGAAUUCGGCCGAAAAAUGAUAAACAAAGAGAAGAAAUUGUCAAUGAAAUCGCUUUAACUGUGCUGAGCCAAAAUCCUAAUGUGCUGUCCUAUUAUGAGUCUUAUGAUUAUAACGGCUUUAUUUGGAUUGUGGUUGAGCUGAUGAAAGGAAAUCUGACAGACCUGAUUUUAGAUAGGUGGGGAAGAAUUCCUGAGAACUUAAUGGCAUAUAUAUCAAGAGAAGUAAUAAGGGGAUUAGCCUUUUUACAUCACCAGCAUAGGAUUCAUAGAGAUAUUAAAAGCGAUAAUGUUCUGAUUUCGCUUGAUGGAAAAGUAAAACUGGGAGAUUUUGGGUAUGCAGCUCAGCUUACAACAGACCAAGACAAAAGGCAUACUGUGGUUGGUACACCAAGCUGAAUGGCUCCUGAGCUCGUUGUAGGCUCAGACUAUGACACAAAGGUCGAUAUCUGGUCACUUGGAAUUGUGUUGCUAGAAAUGGCUGAAGGUGAACCGCCAUAUCUGAGAGAAAACCCUAUGAAAGCUUUAUACUUGAUAGCAUCAGCUGCUCCUCCAAGGCUGCAAAAUAGGACAAAAUGGAGCGAAGACUUCAAAAGCUUCGUAGAGCAGUGCUUAGUAAAAGAGCCAAACGAAAGGGCAAGUUCAGAUACUCUCCUGACUCAUCCAUUUAUUGUGAACGUCCCAAGUGACGCUGAACAGCAGUUUUCUAGAUUUCUGAACGAGUGGGCACAAUCUAAAAGGCGUUAA